UGCAGUUUUAGAGCAAUUGAAGAGAAAAAGACUUUUUAUUUGAAAGAACAAAUACACCAGUCAGAACUUAUGGAAUAUACUUUUAUCACAGAGAGAGAAAGUAAUAAAAAUGAAAAUAAAAAAGUUAAAUCACAAUAUUUCCUUUGCUAUGUCAUUGCCACCUAAUUACAAGCAAAAUGCAAAAUUCCCGACCGAAGAAACGUAUUCCUUAAAUUUUACCUGCCUUUCGUGUUUCAGAUAAAUCCCUGAAAAUUCACGCGUACUAAACUCGUAUCUAUCAUAUUAUAAUUGAAUUCACCGAGAUUUUUGUGUUUCGCCAAUUUUGGCGACAUUCCCCGUUGCUUUGUCUUUGAUCGCGGCCCUGAUUAUCCGUCCACCGCCGUUUUCCAAAUUGCAUCGUUCCUCGCGGCAUCAACGAGACGCCGACGAGCAACCGAGGGGCCAGGAAAAUUUUGCCUUGUGUCCUCGUCCGAUGCGAUUCGCGCAACCACGCUCGAUCUCUCCGUUGUCGCGAGCAGCCUAAAUAUAGAGUGACACUGUGGCAUUAAUUUGUUGAAUGGAAAGAUAGGUGCGUUCACGCUCGAGGGGGACCGUACGUCAGUCAUUGUAGGGUAAAUCACGACGGGGCACGACGGCAGAAAUCUCUGCAUCCGCGCGAACGCGCCUCGAGGCUCCCUCCUUCCAAGUCGAGCUCGAAACCGUUUCUUUUUUUUUCGACGAACAUUCACCGGCUGGCACGCGAAAAACGGGGUGGUGAAGGAGUCGCCUUUGAAAAUUCUCCAAGGAUAAGAGUAUCGAAAGUGUAUCGGUAGACACAGCCGCGGAGGGAGGGUACGGGUAGCUGCUCGGCCGCAGCGCACCGAGGAUGCGGGGAUAAGGACGGCGCAAGGAUACCGAGAGGAGAAGCCGAGGAUCUCGACUUGUGCGGGAGAGACGCGCGCGAUAAUUGUCCGGCCGAUCGGGUAGGAUGAGUUCCUGAAGACUCGCUCUCGUCCCGCAAACGAAUAAUGCCUUCGAGGGGAUCGACCGGCCGCCCCAAGGUAGACAGAUCCACCAGCCCUCUGUCGCGGAAACCGGCUUCUGUCAGCCCGGUGCAGGAGCUGCAGGCCCUCUUCGCCGAGCCCACGGCGAAGACCGACGUCGCCACCGCCACCACCACCAUCGCCACCACCACCACCAUCACCACCGCUACCUCCAAUGGGGGCGAGAAGGAGUCGGAUUUCCGGUUCGAGGCCAUACAGUGCCUACGAUCUUCCGUCGUCAAGAAGACGAAAGGCCUGCCGGAACGAGGAAACUGGAGCAGCAAGGUGAGACUACGGUCAACGUCGUUUAGAGGAACAGCCGGACGUCUAAUCGUCGAUAAUCACCGUUCUCGUGUCCUCUCUCUCACCCUCUCUCUGUUCCUUUCUUUCUCUCUUUCGAAGAUCGAGUUCAUCCUGUCCGUCGUGGGACUGGCCAUAGGCCUGGGGAACCUAUGGCGGUUUCCUUACCUCUGCUACAAGAACGGCGGCGGCGCUUUCAUGGUGCCUUAUUUCAUCGCCCUCGGCCUGGCGGGUAUACCCAUGUUCCUGAUGGAGCUGUCCCUGGGACAGAUGAUGACGAUCGGCGGCCUCGGUGUCUUCCAGAUAGCGCCGCUCUUCAAAGGCAUCGGAUACGCCACCUGCGUACUCUCCUGCUGGACCAACAUAUACUACAUCAUCAUCCUCGCAUGGGCGCUCUUCUACUUCCUCGUCUCCUUACGAGCCGACGUACCUUGGCGAAGCUGCGACAACUCGUGGAACACGCGCUACUGCAUCGCAGCCGAAGAGCGUCUGAGCGCGCUGUGCUGGCCGGACGAAUACUCGGGCGACAACGUGUGCGCCACGUCCAUCGGGAACUUGAGCACCACGCUGAUGAAAGACCCGGUCAAGGAGUUUUGGGAGAGGCGAACCUUGCAGAUCUCCGCGGGCGUUGAGGUAGUGGGCAGCAUAAGAUGGGAAUUGGCCGGGACGCUGGCGGCCGUGUGGAUCAUGUGUUACUUCUGCAUCUGGAAAGGCGUCAAAUGGACCGGCAAGGUCGUCUACUUCACGUCGCUCUUCCCGUACGCGCUGCUGGCGGUAUUGCUGGUGCGAGGAUUAACUCUUCCCGGUGCCUCGGAAGGUCUCAAAUAUUACGCCACGCCAAAUCUCUCGAAACUCGGCGACCCCGAGGUGUGGAUAGACGCGGUGACGCAGAUAUUCUUUACUUACGCUCUCGGCCUAGGCGCGCUGGUAGCACUAGGCAGCUACAAUAAGUUUAACAAUAACGUUUACAAGGACGCUCUCAUCGUAUGCUGCGUGAACACUUGCACCAGCCUGCUGAGCGGCGUCGUCAUAUUCUCCGUGGUCGGCUUCAUGGCUCAUGAGCAACAGAAACCGGUGGCCGACGUAGCUGCUUCUGGACCCGGUCUGGCCUUCCUGGUUUAUCCCUCGGCGGUGCUGCAGCUGCCCGGGGCCUCGGUCUGGUCGUGCCUCUUCUUCUUCAUGCUCUUGCUGAUAGGCUUGGACAGCCAGUUCUGCACGAUGGAGGGCUUCGUCACAGCCGCCGUGGACGAGUGGCCACGACUGCUCCGCAAGCGGAAGGAACUGUUCAUCGCGAUCGUAUGCCUGAUCUCUUACCUGAUCGGCCUGCUGUGUGUCACGGAGGGCGGGAUGUACGUGUUCCAAUUGCUAGACACGUACGCCGUCAGCGGAUUCUGCCUGCUCUUCCUGAUGUUCUUCGAGUGCAUCUCCGUGUCGUGGGCGUUCGGUGUGAACCGGUUUUACGACGGUAUCCGGGACAUGAUAGGCUACUACCCGUGUUUCUGGUGGAAGAUCUGCUGGACCAUCACCACACCCGCCAUCUGCGUGGGCGUCUUCAUCUUCAACAUCAUCAAGUUCGUCCCCGUGAAAUACCUCACGUACGAAUUCCCCUGGUGGAGCCACUUGUUGGGUUGGCUCGCGGGACUCUCCUCGAUGCUCUGCAUUCCGGGCUACAUGAUCUACAUCUGGUACGUCACACCGGGAACUACCUCAGAGAAAUAUCGGAAAUUGGUCAAGAUAGAGGACGACGUAGCCGCACUACGGAAGAAACUCAAUCCAUCCAAAGCUGCUGCCAUCAACGCCGAGUUCGAAUUGUAAGAGCCGCGUGCGCGCCACUCACGAUCGCGGGCUUUCGGUUCGCGCGAUUCACGACGAAAGAGAACUCAUCACGACGAGCGCUUCAUGAGAAACGGGACGAGGAUCCGAGCGCAAUGGGGAAAUGCUAAGCGGAUCGGAAGUGAAUCGGGUUUCGUUCCCCAGAGUAGCCUCUCACCGAGAGUGAUCAAGGUAUACCGCGUCGGUCUCGCUCACUUCGGGGGCGUAAGUAACAUCGAGCGACGUUUAUUAAUUAAACUAAUAUAUCAUAUACUUCUUAUAAUCCGCCUUCGAAUAACAUAUCGUAUGAAAAAGGGAAAGAAAGACAAUAAUAAUACGCUUCGCAAUAA